UGCAUUUGACACCCAGACACCUGAACAUCCGGACACCCAUACACCCAUACACCCAUACACCCAGACAUCUCUGGCGGAACAAAAGGGUCGGCCCCUCCGGUAGGCGAAACACUAGUGGUUGAAUGAAAACACCUUCUCUUAACUAUGGGGCUGGGUGCCCGUACGACACAUUCCCCAGCUCUCAAGUUUCAGCGAGUGUUCUUAACUCCACGGUUAAAUCAUGCGGCAGUGUGAUCAGCUCAUCCUGUAGUUUAUCCCCUUCCACCGUUAUUGCUUUGUCUCGUUCAAAUUCAACCCAGGGAACAUCAGAGGACUCUGCCUGUGUGUUCUUUCCCUCGUUGUUGUCCCUCGUUGUUCCUCUGGCCAAAAAGGCUCAAAAACCCAAAAUCACACGGCGGUGCGUGCAUUCAAGACAGGCUUUGUUCACCGUUUCAGCCGGACGGAACACAUUAGCCGGACGGUGGGCGUACUUUCUCCCUGGUGCUCGCUGCUCAGCGUGUGUGUGUGUGUGUGUGUGUGCACUUGGCCUGAAAGGAGACCCACAAGAAAAGGGCUCAGGAUGUGUGUGGUGGGAACGAAGAUCUCAGUACACCAGGGGCAGGAGCGUUCAAGCGCAAGCCAUUCGUAAUACACAACCAGGCACAUACAAGCUGGGGCCCUCACUGAUUGGAUCUUGAUACCACAAGCGCACACUGCAAGCCGGGGAGAACAGCAACAGCGUACACACAGAGCUUCGACUGCUCAUUAUUACCUCAGCGAAAUACGUCUUUUUCUUGAUUCCGUUGCUCGGUAAUUUCAAGCGUUGAACAAAGCGGUGAGGAAAAAAACAACAAACAGGCCAACGUCCUUUUGCAUAAAAUGCCGCUAUGUACUGCAAGAUCGUACCAAAAAAAUUCACUAACAACGAGACAAAAGUGUGCUUCCGGGAAACAACACCAAGCGCACAGGAAGGGGACCAAUCGAUUGGAGCAAUGAGAAGAUCUGACGGGAUGGUUUGAGAUUUGAGAUUUUUUUUGUCUUUUUGUCUGCUGCUGGUAUGCACAAGUUAUGGUCUCUGAUGCAGAGCAGUGGAUGGGAGUGGAAUUCUGUAUGGCUGCUGGUUGUUGGU